UCUCCAUUGUGACGCCACCUACUUCCCGGAGCGGCGGAGCUGGAACAAAACUGGACUGGGCGAUUCUCCAAACCAUUUAACUGCGGCAAAAAAAGCCCUAUCUCACGCAUACACAAGCACACAGAGGCAAGGCUGCAUGUUAAAUUUCACCAGCCAAACAAAACUCUUGCAAUUGCAGGGAGACUGAGAUCUUUUUGUUUUUCCAUUGCAAUUUAGGAGAGAGGAAAAAGCGCGCUGGAUUUUGCAAAGAGGGGCGAUUAAACUGGCGGAUCUCUUCCUAAAUUCAUUGCUAAAUGAUGCUUCCAAGUCCGGUCACAACGACGCCGUUCUCAGUCAAAGACAUCCUGAAUUUGGAGCAGCAAUCUCGCCAGCAAGCGACGCAUCAUCUGCGGCAGGAGUUACCCGCUCAGUUUCACUCGCCGUCUUCCUGCAUGCAUGCCGCGGGAGACAUGACCAGCUUCUCUGACGGCGAGGAGAAAAUCUCCUUUCUGAGCACCCUAUCCGUGCGGGACAGUCAGGGCGAAGUGAGUCCCUCUCCCGAGGUUUACGUUCACGGAACACUCAGGAGUCCGUGUGAAAACAAUUUGGAAGACGUGAUACUAUCGGGUGAAGUCAAAAAAACCUGCAUCUUAAAGAAGUCUCCGGAGAGCGAGGAUAACAAGAUUGAUGAUACGGAGCGACCGAAGCAGCGGCAAAGACGGAAACCUCGUGUGCUUUUCUCGCAGACGCAGGUGUUUGAACUAGAGAGAAGGUUUAAACAACAGCGGUACCUGUCCGCCCCGGAGAGAGAACACCUGGCGAACUCUCUUAAACUGACCUCCACCCAAGUCAAGAUCUGGUUUCAAAACCGGCGUUACAAGUGCAAAAGGCAACGUCAGGACAAAUCGUUGGAACUCGCCGGCCACCAUCACCCACCUCCUCCCAGGCGAGUGGCCGUCCCCGUACUAGUCCGGGACGGCAAGCCGUGCAUAGCAGGAUCCCAAAGUUACAGCAGUCCUUACGGCGUGGGGGGCAACGCGUAUGCUUACAACGGCUACCCGUCCUCGUACGCCGGUUACGGCGGCAGCCCGGUCUACAAUGCAAACUAUACCUACACCAGCAUCCCAUCGCUGCAAACCUCCACGGUCCACAACGCCUUCAUGAAUGUGGACCUCAGUAACGUUAAUGGCACGGUGCAGACCCAAUCUCAUCCAGUAAACGCCAUGCCCGCCUGCCAAGGCACACUGCAAGGUAUCAGGGCCUGGUAAGGUGACUGUGAACCCAGACGUACUUGGAUGUAUUCAGAUUGCUCUGAACAUUUUAAGUGUAGGUGGUUCAAAAAUAACAAAGGCCACCAUUGAGAUCAGACUUCAAGAGUCCCUGCCUGGAGAAGCCCGUAUCGAUUGUUAUCCGGUGAGAAUCAACGCGCCAAAUAUUAUCCUCGUUCGCUGCGUGUAUGUUGCAUAUUACUCCCUAACCUCUGUAAUUGCUCGCUGUAUAAUUUGAUCGGCUUCCACGAGGUCAAUGAGCCACGUUCUUCUCCCUUGAAUUGCGUUAACUAACGAUGGACACAGACGGGGGGGGGGAGGGGCGGAGAGGUAGGAAGAGCGAUGGAGGAGAGGAAGGGGGGGAUUCCAGUUACACCCCAAAUAUAAUGGUGUACAAUUGAUCAUAUGUGGUUCCCUGGCUGUUCGGUAUCUCGCAACCCCCCUCCUCGCCACCCCUUCCUCCCAAGAGUUUGGGCAGAGUAGAAAGACGCCUCACAAAUCAAUUAGAGAUGCCAUCGAAGAUGUGGCUAGGUUGGCAUUGCCAGGACUUAUUGCUGUUCAGUAAAGUCGAGGCGCCGCCUUUCUUCAACUGGACCAGCAUUAUAUGGCUGCUCCAUUUGAGAUGUAAACUCCGAGGUGUGGGACUGGUGCCAAAGGAAGAUGAGAUGCCGUUUCUUUCCCCAAAGCUUUAUGGGGCUUUAACCGCUGCGAUAUUUAUUUCCAGAGUUUGUAAGGUUUCCAACUGCCACGGUAGGGAUUUACCCAACGCGUAUAACUCGUUAUCACCUACCCGGCAACCAACAAUGGACCAUUAUGGGCUCCACAUUUCCUUGAUUAUCGUUUCU